AUGGCCAGCACCAGCAACCGCGAGAAAGGCAGCGAGCGCAUCACUAAGCUGCCGUCUGAGCUGCUACAUAUCAUCUUCAAUUGCCUCUUCGUCAGACACUACCCGAACAAAGUGCUUGGCGGCAGGACUGAGGCGCACGACACACCUCGAGGCUACGCCAAUACAGAGCAUGCUCACCCUCUAGAUUUCGUGGCGGCCACUUGCAGAACACUGCGGUCAGAGACCAAUGACUGGGCGAUUCACUUUCUCGUCCAGCACAAAGACAUAACGCGCUUCACAGCCCUCCCCAGAAAGAAGAAAGAUCACACCUUCAACAUGCUCCGAGGCCGGACAGGACUGCUAUCUUGGGCAGAGAGGCAUUGUAUCUUCUGUGGAAGGAACUCCUCGCGAUCUGCUAUCCUCAUCAACGGGCUGCGAAGCUGCGCAGCCUGCGACAAAGUCCAGUGGCCAGACAAGAUCACCAAGACUGAUGCCAGGGAGAAAUUCGACCUCAAAGAUGAACAUCUUCUGCCUCAGCGACCUCAUGGCUCAGCUCUGGCUGUCAAGCUCGAGGCACAGUUUCCCAAUGGUUUGCCGAGGAUUCACUAUGGUGCCUACAUUCAACAAGGCGGUACAACGGUGAUGUUCUUGAAGAAGGACGUUGAGAAGCUGGCCAGGCUGCACCAUGGUGAUCUCGAGGCGCAUUUGGCAAAGCGCGAAGCACGACGUACUGAGCUCAGGCGCAAGAAGAUCGACCGAGACAACGUGAAGAGAGUGCCCAUAGUCAUCGAUUGA